AUACAAUUCAAAAUUAUAAGUGGUGACGUACUUGACGUAAAUAUAAAUUGAAAAUUGAUUAAUAUAAACAUAAAAAAUCAAAAAUUGCGUAUCGCUGUCAUCUAAGAAAAGUUAAAAAGAUUUAAUUUUCAAAAUGUAUUGGAUUCGGGUUACGAGUUUACUAUUGCUCUUUUUAUUACACGUAGCAGAGAGUAGCGAAGUUGGAAAAGUAGGUUUCGGUCCCGGUAAACAAGACUGGGGACACGUGACAGUAAGACCAGGUGCUCAAAUGUUUUGGUGGCUGUAUUAUGUAAACCCUCCAACAAUUAAUACACUAGACAGUUUCAAUGUCUUUGAGAAGCCUUUAAUUAUUUGGCUACAAGGAGGUCCAGGAGAGGCCGGCUCAGGUUAUGGAAAUUUUAACGAAUUUGGUCCACUUGAUCUCAAUCUCAAACGGAGAAAUCACACAUGGGUAAACGACUACAAUGUCUUAUUGAUUGAUAACCCAGUAGGUGUCGGGUUUAGUUUUGUGGCAAAUAAUUCAUUGAUGGCAAAAAACAACACGCAGAUCGCUCAAGAUCUUGUGAUCUGUAUCAAAAAAUUUUUAGAAACUAUCCCGGAGUUUGGAAACGUCCCUACUUACAUCGUAGGAGAAUCUUACGGUGGAAAAAUGGCUGUGGAAUUCGCUCUUCUUUGGUCUCAGGCCCAAAAAAGCGGAAUGAUUCAAAGCGAACUCAAAGGAAUUGCUCUCGGUGAUUCAUCAAUUUCAAUGAGUGAUAUAGCACUUUCUAUACCUACAUAUAUUUUAAAUACAGGAUUAAUAGAAACAAAAGAUUUCUCAAAAAUUCAAAGUUUUGGUGCAUUAACUGCAAAAUUUAUAAAAGAGAAACAGUGGGAAAAUGCAAGAAAAUCUUUCAAUGUUUUUUGGUACCUUAUUCACAAUGUCACCGACCAUGCUGACGUCUAUAAUAUUUUAAGACAAAAAAAUUCAAAAACUGAUAAUUCCCACAAGUAUUUUUCAAAUUAUCGAUCAUCUUGGAAAGAAGUCGAUGUUUCUGACCAACUACAAAAGCUUAUGGAAAGUGACGUUCAAAAAGCUCUCGGUCUCAACGUUACUUAUAGAUUGUAUUCAGAAGAUGUCAAUAACGUCCUUAAAAAUGAGAUCCUGAAACCUGUUACUGAAAUUGUCGAGCAGCUAUUGAAUGAAACGGAUAUAAAGAUUUUUGUUUGCACGGGUCAAUUAGAUAUGGUGAUUCCAACUCCCGGUACCCUCGCAUGGGUGAAUAAACUUGAAUGGAAACACGCUGAAACCUGGAGAAAUACCAGUAGAGUUUCAUUUACUGUCGAUAAUAUCGUGGAAGGAUAUGUUAAAGAGUAUCAGAAUUUGAAGCUGUAUUGGAUCAAUCGAUCUGGGCAUACGGUGCCAAGUGACAAUCCUUUUGCUUUUAAUGCAAUACUUCAAGAUUUAACAUCUAGUGAAAAUUUCAAUCAUGUAAUGAAUACAAAUUAAUAAAAUAACUGACAGAUUUAAUUUACGCGCGUACCGAAAAAAACGGUGAACUUUUCAAAAAAUGGACAAAUAUAUUGUAGAUUAAUCAAUUGUGAAUUUUAGUGUUUACUGUAAAUUACAAAAAAUUCCUGUAAAUUACGGCAAAGUUGUGGAACUUUACGGAAAUUUUUACCACCAAAUAUGGAAAAUUGAUCGUUAGUUGGAUCUGUUACUGUAAAAUAUUUGUGGAGUAAACGUGGAUUAAAUCCAGAGUGAAUUCGAAA